AUGUCGCCUCGCAGUACUAGACACAGCUCUAUCAGCUCGAAAGCAAGCAGCCCUGAAGCGACUCCGAAGAAAUCCAAGUCAUCCAACAAGGAUGCAGACUGGGCCGAUGUGACAGACCCCGAAGAGAGGAGACGGAUCCAAAAUAGAAUUGCCCAGAGAAAGUUUCGAGAGAAAGCUAGAGACAAUAAAGAAAAGGCGGAAAGGGAGAUGAGAAACCAAGAGCAUGCUGGAAACAGCUACCGGACACCCACAGCGGAUGACUUCGCCAACGACUCAGAGCUCUCCGGUCUGCCCUGGGGAAGCGUCAACAUGACCCACGUGUUGAAGAAGACGCACGACUCGGGUGGACUCCGGAGCAGCAGAAGAGAACAAACCUACACCGGAGAUGAAGCAUACAGGAGCAGGUAUUACAACAUGCCCUACGGGCAGGGCUUCCAACAAUCACCCAGCUACGGCAGCAGUAGCACCGAGGACGCAUACCUCGACGAUCAGACCUACGUCUACAGUCCCGUGCUCCCACCGUACGGUCGUCACCCGCUGACACCCCAGUGA